GACUGCACCCGGAACUAUCACGUGACUAUAUUAUUCUGUUGCGUAUGUGAAGAAAUACUUUUUCAGAAACGACUUCCACAUUUUUAUUUUUAGCCCGAGAUGGAUCGAUUUGAUAAAACAUCACAACAUGCUAUGCCACCACCAGUGCAAGAUUUUAGAGGGACUGAUGGGUCCUUGGCAUCUGUUCUGAAGACGUUGCUGUUUUUCACAAUCAUGAUGAUCACCUUACCAAUAGGAUUAUACUUUACAUCUAAAGCGUAUGUUUUUGAAGCUUCGAUGGGGUUUUCCAGCAAUGACAGCUAUUUCUAUGCAGCCAUUGUGGCGGUGGUUGCUGUGCACGUGGUGUUGGCUUUUUUUGUGUACAUUGCCUGGAAUGAAGGUUCUCAGCAGUCCAGAGUGGGCAAGCAGGACUAACGUGCAGUCAGAGGGCUUGUUGAGGAAGACCACAUGAAGAGGACCACAAGGCACAUUGUGGCCAUAUUCCAGGAGAUACUGGAACUCCGCAGUGACCAUUGAGUCAUUUCAUUUUGACAUUUUGGGGUGACCUUAACAAGCUUAGUGCUUGUUACAGCAAUGGCAGCACUGCUCCGGAUGUUUCAGGGAACCUGCUGGAGAUUUAUCUUAUACAUCAUGAUACUCAGUCAUCAGAAAGUUCAAAAUGAAGUCACCAUUGGUUAAAAAAAUAAACCCAAAAAAAUUGCAGUCACUGUUUAAAAAAAAUACAAAGGUGGUUCCCAGGUGUUUCCCAGACCAUGUGUUCUGAUGAUUUACUGUAGGUUUUCUGUUUCUUCCAUGUUUCAAAUGUUGGCACUCAUGCCAGUCUGUUCUGUUGCAGCUGAUCCUCUUAUGCUGUCAUUUCACAGUGAUCAUUUGAGUUACAUCAUUUCCUGUUUCAUUUAAAUAUGUAGAUGGAUGGAAAAUAAGCAUUGAGUUUGCUGAAUUACAAUGUCCAGGAUCUGCGUACACUUUGGUGGGCACUGAAUGACAAUAUUGUGAGUAGUUGCAAUAAUUUAUAAUAGAGAGUGCUCAUGUUUGAUCAAGGACUGUACUACGAAAAUAUCGGAGCAGGAAGUUGCCUUUAUGUAAUUAUGGUUUUAAAAUAUAUAAACGUACCUUUUUAAAAGAAA